UUCCCCCCCACCGCGAUGGUUCCGCCCGGUCCGUCGCCGGGUCCGUCCCGGCGGGACCCGCUUCCGGUCAUGGCGGCGGCGGCGGCCGGGGGGGGCCGCGGCCUCUGGGGGCGCUUCGCGGAGAGUCGCAUCGGGCGCUGGUGGCGGGCGCUGCUGCAGGACUACGCGGCGGCGGUGCGGGAGGUGGCGGAGGGGGCUCGUCGCCGUCCCGGGGCGGCGGCGGGUUCCCUGGCGGGGUUGGCGGGGGCGGCCGCCUGCGCCGCCGCCGUCCCCAGCGCCGAAUCCUUCGAGGCGGCGACGGUGGAAGCGGCCGGCACGUUGCUGCUCCUCUCCCCCCGGCAACCCGCAGCCCCCCGCCGCCGAUCGGCCGUCCAACGCCUGCUGCGACGCCGCGAGGCCGGCCGGUUACGUUACCCGCGACUUCUUCUUUUGGCGGUGGUCUACGAAGCCCCCCACGCCGCCGACGCCGCGCUCAACCCGGCGCGGUGCCCGCACUUACGGCCGCGGUGGCGGGAGCUGCCCGGUCGCCUCCUGGACGUGGGGUUCUGGGGACGCUGGUGGGUGCUGGGGGCCCGGCUGCGGGACUGCGACGUCAACGAGGAGGAGUUCGGGGGGCUGCCGGCCCGCCUGCGCCGCCUGAGCCCCCACCACCUCCGCUACCGCAACGAGAGCCAGUUCCUGGAAAAAUUCCGGCCCGUCACCCUCACCGAGGAGGAGAUCCGGCGCGCCGAGAGCGAGGCGGCGCCACCGGCACGCACCGAGGGCGCGCGGCUCGGCGGCGACGCCGGGGAUCCGUAAAUGGGACCGCUGGCGCCGGGCGGCGUGUUCGACUCGUUAACACUGGUGAAUUGUCAUUUGUAA